AUGGAAUCAGGCAGGAGGAUGUGUGGGAUUCAUCGCGGACUAUUGGUCUUUCUGGUCUUUUCCUAUUUGACUUCUCUGACUGAUGGAUCUCCAAUGAAGUUGAUGUCUGCCCCCAAUGUGUUACGGGUAGGAACGCCAGAAAACAUCUUUGUGGAGUGUCAAGACUGCACUGAUGAUAAUGACAUUAGGGUCGAAAUCAUCGUAAUGAACUAUCCAACCAAGACCAAAAGGCUGACAUCCACAUCUGUGACCCUCACCAGCGCAAAACAUUUUCAAGACUUCGGACAAAUUAAUAUCGCUGCUGGUGACUUCAGUAAGGAUCCAAACGUGAAACAGUAUGUGUACCUGCAAGCUAAUUUCCCCGAUGUAGAACUACAGAAACUUGUGUUAGUGUCCUUCCAGUCUGGGUACAUCUACAUCCAGACUGACAAGACCAUCUACACCCCCAACAGCAAAGUUCAUUACAGGAUGUUUGCAGUGUCGCCUCGCAUGGAGCCUGUGGAGAGAGAUAAUGAAACCCGAACUGAUGCUUCUAUUGCAAUUGAGAUUGUGACCCCUGAUGGCAUAAUUUUACCACGUGAUCCAGUCUCUCUGAAAUCAGGGAUGCAUUCUGGAGAUUACAGACUUGCUGAAACUGUUAGUAUUGGAGUGUGGAAAGUGGUGGCAAAGUUCCACAGCAAACCACAGCUGAGCUACUCUGCAGAGUUUGAGGUCAAAGAAUAUGUGCUCCCCAGUUUUGAGGUUAAACUGAUACCUGUGGGUACCUUCUUCUACGUGGACAGUGAAGACUUCACCGUCGACAUCAAAGCUAAGUAUCUGUUUGGUGAAAAAGUGGAUGGGACAGCAUACGGGGUAUUUGGGGUUAUGCAUGAGGGUCAAAAACAUAGCUUUCCCAGCUCUCUUCAGAGAGUGCCGAUUCAGGGAGGUAACGGAGCUGUCAAACUGAAGAGAGAGCACAUCACACAGACCUUCCCAAACAUCCUCGACCUGGUGGGGAGCUCCAUAUUUGUAGCUGUUGGUGUGAUGACAGAGAGCGGUAGUGAAAUGGUGGAGGCAGAGUUGAGAGCUAUCCGGAUUGUCACAUCACCUUACACCAUCCACUUCAAGAGAACAUCCAAAUAUUUCAAACCAGGAAUGUCCUUUGAUGUUGCGAUUGAAGUUGUGAAUCCUGAUGGCACUCCGGCACAACGUGUUAGAGUGGUGGUGAAUCCGGGGGAGGUGCAGGGCGUCACUGAAGCCAAUGGCAUGGCAAGGCUUUCCAUCAAUACAGAAGAAAAUCCUAAACCUCUGACAGUCACAGCAAAGACCAAUGAUCCUACUAUUUCAUCUGAAAGGCAAGCAUCAGCCAAUAUGACAGCCCUGCCAUACAGCACUAAGAGCAACAGUUACAUCCACAUAGGUGUGGAUACAGCUGAAGUAACAUUAGGAGAAAACCUGAAAAUCAGCCUCAACCUCAACAGGCAGGACAAUUCUCCAAAUGACAUCACAUACCUGAUCCUGAGCAGAGGUCAGCUGGUGAAAUAUGGCCGUUACAAGACAAAAGGUCAAGUACUGAUAUCCACAAUAGUCAUUGUUACCAAAAAUAUGCUGCCAUCGUUCCGUAUCAUUGCCUACUACCAUACAAAUGAUAACGAAGUGGUUUCAGACUCUGUUUGGGUGGAUGCAAAGGACUCCUGCAUGGGCUCGUUGAAGCUUGAAUCAUCAUCACCUUCUUCAUCCUAUGAGCCUCGCAAGAUGUUUCGUCUGAAGGUCACAGGAGAUCCAGGAGCCACAGUAGGACUGGUGGCAGUUGACAAAGGUGUCUACGUCCUAAACAACAAGCACCACCUCAACCAGAAAAAGGUGUGGGACAUGGUAGAGACAUAUGACACAGGCUGCACACCAGGUGGAGGGAAGGACGGUAUGAGUGUGUUCUACGAUGCUGGGCUGUUGUUUGAGUCCAACACGGCUUCUGGGACUCCUUACAGACAAGAAUUGAAAUGUCCGACUCCCAGCAGGAGGAAACGAGCUACUACUAUAAUGGACGUCACCACCAGCUUAGGUAAGAACUACAGCGCGUAA